ACCAUUGGUAUGAAGUAAUCUCAGUUUGGCACGUAUUUGUAAUUUUGUUUUUCUAGAGUUACCGAAUGAACGACCAAAAUGUUUAACCUAUAUGAAAACCCUUAAUUUGUCUAAGAUUUUUAAAUUUCUUAUUGAAAAUAAAUUAACAACAAACAAAGUACCAAAUCAAUUAUUAUACAAAUACUAUUAUAAUUAGGUUUUGAGCCGUCAAAUACGAUACGGUUUAGACGAGGGACGAAUUUAAGGCCUAAAUCUAGCACUAAAAAAUCAGCCCGGGAAAUUGAUUCACCUCAAAGAGUCGAAGUUAGAAUUUAAAGUUAAACUAAGGAGGAAAGAUCCACGUUAAAAGAUGCCAUCUGCACACCUUACACUGAAAGAGGAGGAAGUUAUACGACUUGUGCUAGAAUUCUUGGCUAAUCGUGAAUUGAACAUCUCUCAGCUUUCUUUGGAAAGAGAAGCGGGUGUUAUUAAUGGUAUUUUUUCUGAUGAUGUUCUGUUCCUCCGUCAGCUAAUUCUCGAUGGUCAGUGGGAUGAUGUGCUCAAGUUCAUCCAACCUCUUGAAACUUUGGAGACAUUUGACUCCAAGCAGUUUAGAUACAUUGUUAUGAAGCACAAAUAUAUUGAGCUGCUUUGUAUAAGAUCAGAAAUUGGGCCUUUCCAAAAUAUUGAUGUUGCUGUUGAAGAAGUUGUAAAAUGUUUAAAUGAACUAGAAAAAUACUGUCCAUCAAAAGAAGAUUAUAAUAAUUUCUGUCUUCUGCUUACAUUUCCACGUUUAUCAGACCACUUGGAUUAUAAAAACUGGAAUCCUAGCAAUGCAAGAGUAAAUUGUUUUAAAGCUGUUUUUCCAUUGGUUGAAAAGUUCCUACCCUUGGAUAAAAAGGGAAACCAACCUGAAAAAAUAGCAACAAGUGAUCGCUUAAUUCAGCUGAUAAUCAAGGGAAUUAUAUACGAGUCUUGUGUAGAGUUCUGCCAACAGCGAGCAACUGCAGCUUCCUCUGAUGCUCAUGAAAUUCAUUUUUCUCAUGUUUUGAAUGGAACAGGGUUUAAUGACUCAGAUCUUAGUCUUUUAUCCUGGUUACAAUACAUUCCACUAGAAACUUUUUCAUAUCCUUUUGAACAAAAGACUUUAAAUGUGGAAGUAGAGCAACUUGAAAAACCUGGGCUAGAAGCAUCCUGGUCAGAACAGAUUUUAAUUACUCCAAUCAAACCCAAGGUUUUUCCUCAUUCAGCCAUCCCAUUUACUAGGCUACGGACAUCUGAUAUAAUGUCCCGUUCUCUGACUCCCAAUUUGGAUGCUGUGGGACUUGGAAAGAAUGGCAUGGCAUUCUCAUUGAAUGACAUGUCAGCUAUGUCAAAAUCAUUUGCAGGGUUUCACUUGACAGGAAAAAAGGCAGUCAAUACAUCUGUAGAUAGGUUGUUUGAAGGUGGGGAUGUUUUUAGUGCCAGUGUAAAUGAUCUUCACACUAUUCUUGAAUCUUCUCCUUCUAAGGAUCAUUCUUUAAUUCUUUCUUUAGACAAAAGAUAUAGUUCAAAUACAUCAAAAGAAAAAGAUAUUAAAUAUGAAGUAAAUUCUCAAAAUAUUAAAGGAAAGCAAAAUGAGCAAAGAAGCACCAAUGAUAAUUCUGAAGAAUCAUUUGCUGUUUCACUUUUUCAUGUGAACAAUGCUGAUUCAAAUAAAAGCCCAACAUCAGAAGAAAAAGGAAAGACUAAGUAUAAUCAGUCAGACAGUUCCAGUGAGCACAACAGCUCAGACCUUUGGAAAGAAUUUCAGCGGCAGAAACAACAAUUUUUGGAUCAACUCGAGACUCAAGAAAAGCAACGAAUAGAACUUCUUCAAGAGAUUAAUGCUGGUAAUGUAUCAGAAGAAAGUCAUACAGUGGGAAGUAGUCCAGAGAUUGCCGAGAAUAGAAAUCAAAGUCAUUUGGAAGGUAAUUUUGUGACACCAGUUAAUGUGUCUGGUCAAAAUAAGAAUUCUCAUGUAGAAAAAUUGACUACCAGUACACCAAAAGCUCAGGGUACUUGGAGCAACACUACUCCCUUGCCACAAUCUUCUCCAGUUUUACCAAAACAGAAUACCUCAAGUAAAACAAGCCCUUCUACAUCUGGAUGGAUUAACGUACCUAACUGUGUUGCUAAAAAUUUAGGGCCCAUACUGGAUAGCCAAAAUACAGCUGGAGCAUCAUCCAUUAUCACAGCUGACCCUCAAUACUCAUCUAUCUUAGUAGGUCAUUCUGGUGAUGAUCAACAUGUAGAAUGUAUGGUACCUGUAACAAAGCCAGUAGCUCAGCAUUAUGAUUCCCAGCCUUAUUUUACUCCAGUAAACAGCAAAGGUAACUUGCGACAUCCUAACGAGUUAGUUGGAGAUGGGCCAGCUAAAAAAGUAUCCUAUCAGUAUGACUUAACAGAUGUUUAUUUCAACUCAUACAAUUUCUUUAUCCUAACUUUGCCUCAGGUAAUACCACAACAGUCUAUGAAGACUAAUGGAAGUGCUCUAGACUGGAAAAAGUCUAAAUUUUUGGCUGUUACUAAGCUAGAAGAUGCACAAGCAAUUCGCACAGGGGAUUUUCAUCCUGAUGGACAGCUGUAUGCCAUAGGAUCAAACUCCAAAACAUUACGAAUUUGUGCCUACCCCAAACUCCAUGACCUUCAAGAAAAUCAUGUGGUACAUCAACCCACAGUUCUUCUUAAGAGAAUGAAACAUCACAAAGGGUCCAUCUACUGUUUGGCUUGGAACAUUACAGGUGAUCUCUUGGCAACAGGGUCAAAUGAUAAAACUGUGAAACUCAUGAGGUUUAAUACAGAUACCUGUAACUUAGAAGGUGGAGAAGCAGAAUUAACAAUGCAUGAUGGAACAGUGCGAGACCUGUGUUUUGUAGAAGAUGUGAGUAACAGGUCAACCCUAAUGAUUAGUGGUGGUGCUGGAGAUUGUAAAAUAUAUGCCACUGAUUGUGAAACAGCAACACCCUUUCAAGCUCUUUCUGGACACACAGGUCAUAUUUUUUCACUUUACACAUGGGGUGGGGCUAUGUUUGUAAGUGGAUCUCAAGACAAAACAAUCAGAUUCUGGGACCUUCGUACACAGGGCUGUGUCAACAUCGUUGUUGCACCAGCAGCUUCUGGAUCUGGAACAGUCUUUCAGGAAUGUACUGCACAGCUGAACUUAAAGAAGCUAAUAAACAUCUCCAUGGACGAUCCUAAUGUCAAGUGUAAAUUCAUAGAAAUGGUGCGGGAAGAACAAUUUGGUGGAAAGCAGCUUCUGAUUGUUGGCAGUUGUGGGUUUCACACAUUGCCUACGAGGCCUGUAGUUGUUUGGGAUAAUGUUACGCUGUAUAGUGAAGCAGUGACUAUUAAAAAUGUUUCACAUCCUCACAAUGUGUAUUUUGAUUUCCUGGCUAAAGCAAGCAAAGAUCAUCUAAUGAGAGCCAGGUGGCAGUUCUUCCUGGAAAUAUCCAUGAAGUUUACUCCAUUUCUGGCAUGUUACUAUUCUGAUGAACCUCCACUAUCCUAUACAGCUGCAAGACCUGCUAAAGGAAGUCCAGCUGCUGCAGUCUGUGUGGAUCCUUCAGGUCGACUGCUUGUGUCAGGGCAUGAAGAUGCCAACUGCAUGUUGUAUGAUAUCAGAGGUGGACGGAUAGUCCAGUGCUUUCAACCACAUACAUCUGACGUUAGGACCAUCCGUUUUUCACCCAAGGCAUUUUAUCUUCUUACAGCCUCGUAUGACCACAGAAUAGUCUUGACUGACCUGCAAGGUGAUCUGACUCAACCUCUUCCAAGUGUAGUUGUGGCUGAACAUGCAGAUAAAGUCAUUCAAGGUCGUUGGCAUCCACAAGAAUUUUCUUUCUUGACUGCCAGUGCUGACAAGACAGCCACUCUCUGGGCAUUACCAACCCAUUAAACAUUUUCACUAGGUUCAAGCUGUUAUUAGAAUAACUGUAUGCUGAAAAAUAUUACAUUUCUCCUAAGAGAAUUCAUGGUUGUUGCCUUCUUACUUAGGUAGAGAAAUUAACAGAUAAUAACUAGUGAUUACCCAUUGUUCAAAAAGCUCUUAUUGUACCAAAAAUACUUGGUUCUUACAGUUGGCUAAGAAACAGAACUUACUUGUAGUUAAUUAUAUCCUAAAAUAGAAGUGUUAAGUUCACUUUAAGGUGCCAUAAGGACAAAGAAAGAUUUAACUUGUACGUUGUUAGUUGUAAACAUAGUCUUUCUUGUUUUCUUGCAACAAUGUAAUACUUUCUCUGAUGGUUUUAUAAUGUACAAAGGUGUUAUGUAAUAAAUUUCUUUUUAUUCUU